UUGGAGGCAGAGAAUUGUCACAAUGUCACCAUAGUUUGUCAUGGUAAGUAUAAAUUUUCAAAAUUGAGAAGUACAUGUAAUAGACUAGCAAUUAUCAGUCUCCUACAUGAGAAGCUAGCAAAAUCCUAUACUUUCACUCAAUAUAUCUAUACCAUGAGCAAUUUCAAUAGAAGCUUUUUCAGAGUUUUUGGUUUCCUCUUGCUACUCCCUGCGCUUGUGAUCGGAGAUUGUACAUGUGAAAAUGAAGCAGAAGAUCGUAACAAAUCUGAGGCUCUUAAAUAUAAAGCUGUUGGUAUAGCUGCAAUUUUGGUUGCUGGUGCAAUAGGUGUUUGCCUCCCAAUUUUAGGAAGGUUCAUCACAGCUUUACAUCCCGAAAAGAAUAUAUUUUUCAUAAUCAAGGCCUUUGCAGCUGGUGUAAUUUUGUCAACUGGGUUCAUUCAUGUGCUUCCUGACGCUUUUGACAGCUUGACAUCACCGUGCCUCAAUGAGAACCCUUGGGGGAAAUUUCCUUUCACCGGUUUUGUGGCCAUGGUUUCUGCAAUUGGGACCUUGAUGAUUGAUGCUUUUGCAACUUCUUAUUAUGCUAAGUCCCAAGGACAAGGACAACAUAUAGCUGGAGAUGAGGAGAAAGCCAGAGAGAAUGGAGGACAGACGCAUGUUCACACUCAUGCAACUCAUGGUCAUUCACAUGGUUCAGUUUUGAUUGAGAAUUCUGCUUCAUCUGAGCUUCUUCGCCAUCGAGUUAUUUCACAGGUUUUGGAGUUGGGUAUUGUGGUCCAUUCUGUGAUAAUAGGAAUAUCAUUAGGUGCUUCUGAAAGUCCAAAAACAAUAAGGCCUCUAAUAGCUGCCCUCACCUUUCAUCAGUUCUUUGAGGGUAUGGGACUUGGAGGAUGCAUUGCUCAGGCAAAAUUCAAGGGAAGAGUUGUUGCCUCUAUGGCACUUUUCUUCUCUCUUACAACCCCAGUUGGUAUUGCAAUCGGAAUUGGGAUAUCAAAUGUGUAUAAUGAGAAUAGUCCAACUGCUCUCAUUGUUGAAGGGAUUUUUAAUUCAGCUUCAGCCGGAAUUUUAAUUUACAUGGCAUUGGUGGAUCUUCUUGCUGCUGAUUUUAUGAAUCCUAAAGUACAGGGCAAUGGAAAACUCCAACUUGGAGUUAAUCUUUUUCUUCUGCUUGGUGCAGGCUUGAUGUCUCUCUAUUUAAUAGACCAGACUUGAAACAAUGGCGUGGAGACUAUAAGUGUUUUUCUGCCUUUGGAAGUUGAGAUAAUUCUCUCGCUCCUUGUUAGUUUUCGACUUCCGGAAGAUUAUUUAUUCUGUAUAUGGUUUUAUUCCAAGAAGUGAACUCAGGUUAUCUCGUGGCCCGGUGCUAUUUGAAGAUAAAGUUAAGCACUUCUUGUAGCCCCUUUUAUCUGAUACUCUUACACACCUGGUACAAUGAUGCAGUCAGCCUCACCAUCUUGAGAUAGAAAAUGUAUAUAAUCUUCAUGAAUAAUUCCCAAUUAAAAAAGUUAGCUAGGUAAUGCACCUCAGCUGGAAUUUUCGUUUAUAUGGCUGCUUGUAUUUGGCCGAUCAUUCAUAUAUCUUUAAAGUUCCAGCAAAUCUUGUUCAAAUUCCUAGCCGAGUUCCUCGGUAAGUGCUCAGCACCUGAAAUCCUCCUGGUAGUCAAUUAACCUUCAAGUUUCGAUGGUUCCAGGUUUCCCUAAGAGGCAAAAGUUCUUCAAAAUCAAUUCUAUUUUGAUGAAGCCUAGAUCUGUUGUUUCAUUAUGUGGUGUCACUUUCAUCAUCUUAACUUUAAAAAACUGGCAAGAGAAGAAAAAAUAGUUAGGGGUCCGCUAAGGAGAUCCCCCAUGAAGACCCAGCGGUCAAAUUAGAGGGUAAUAGUAUGGUAAAGAUAUGGUAGAGAAAAAGAGUGUAGAUAGAAAAAAAGAGAAUAUUAAGGGAAGAGCAGCAAGGAAAAGAGAGAAGAGAGGGAGAUGUUUUGAGAGGAAGAAAUCUUUUCCAUUCUUCCUUAGGAAAAGUAAUAGAAGCAUAUUCCUUAACAUAUUGUAGAGGAUAUUUUUUAAAAAGUAUAUUCCUAAAUACAAGGGUAUUUAUUAUUA